GCUCCGUAGUCUCGUAGCGUGUUUAUGCCACAAAUUGACAAGCGAAAAACCAAAAAAUUUCCCAAAUUUAGGGCAAUUAACUUUAAAUUUUUAGCCGAAAAGUCUAUAACAACCCGACGAAUCGGCCAGUCAGGAAGCCGGGAGGCCCGAAAAUAGCCCCAACAGGAUUUUAAAUGCCACAACUGCUCUGUUUUUAUUACUCGGAAAGCCUUUUUGUCUCAACGGGCUACCCGUUCCAUUGUGUAAUUGAACAGAAGGACAAUGUACCAAACGCAACCGAAAAAGUUGUAUGUUUAUCCAGAGUGACCCAUUGCCCAAACUAAUUUGAAAAAUGUCUCGGGGUUUUGGGAAGCAUAGAAAGGGUGCCAGUCACCACAGUUUCCACUUUGAUACUUUAUUUAAAGAGAACAGUAAUAGGCCCUCAGCUGCUAGGUCUGCUGCUUCGGUUGGUAAAUGGGGCAUCACAAGUUUUACUAGUAUAAGAACGCUCAAUGGAAGUCGACAGGAAAAUGAUAGUAAAACUGACACCACCCCAAAGCCAAAAAAGUUCUUCAAAAGUCGAGAUUCGAGCCAAGACGUUAACAGUACCCCUCCAAGUUAUCAAGCAACUGCAAGCUAUGGAUCGCCUGCUAAAAGAGCUCGAUCUAGCUCAACUUAUGAGCCAAGUGACAGACAAACAAGGGGCACAUCCUCAACAAAAAAAUUCUUCUCAUCGAAAAACUCACAGGAGAAAGUCGUUUUAACAUUAAACACUACAAGCAAGCGACGUAAUUCCGAUCGAAGUGAUACAAGUGAACCCUCCAAACCCCCUAUAGUGUUGCGAAUUUGCAAGGGCAAAUCUCAAUUAGUUAGUGAUACUGAGGAGUCUGAAAGGACCGCUACCCCAGCAAGCAACACUUCUUCAAAAUCUUCGUCGACAUCUCCAAGAGCGUUAAGGGAGUCGUCCAGUAACUCCCAACCGCCUCAAACGACACCCCCACGGCCUUCCAAUUGUAGAAUAACGCGGAGCGCUAGAAGAAGUAUGCAAAUGGACCCUAGCAGCAGUCCAGCUACAGCUGAUACCCCGGCAGAGUUUACGUUAACCCCUUCGUCAAAAAGAGAAUCUUUUGAUAGCGAUUUGUCCCCCCAAUACGUCCCUGCGGAGAAGUUUGAAGAAGAGCGUAGAGCUUUGUACGCGAGCUUACUACAACCAGACCCUCCUGCCCAAGAUUUAGACUCUAAGGAAGAAGAGGAAGAAAGAACGGUGAUCUUGGAACCCGAAGUGGAAACUAAUAAAGAAACUGCUCCUGUGGGGGAAGUUCCCCCGCCACAAGAAGACCCUUUUAUCAAAGAACCCGAGAGUAAUGUGGUAGAAGAAGAAAAGGAUGCCAAACAAGACAUUCCUGAACUAAUUGUGGCACAACAAGAUGCAGAAGAAGAAGAAGAAGAAGCGGACAUGGACAUAGACCAAAUGUUAACCGAUCCGAGCCCUGCGCAAACACCACAAGAUCCGAUCGAGGAACAAUUGGCGAAAAUGGAAGAGGAGGAAACACCGGACUCGCCUAGUGAGGAAACGAUCGAGAAUAUUGCGAAAGAAAUUGAAAUUACCAAAGCUAAAAGGCCUACGAAACAGCCGGUAGUAAAAGUGGGGGCGCCGGUAAGGGAGCUGAGGAGACGGGGGAGGCCACGGGAGGUAAAAGAGGACAAGGAGGAAAAAGUUGAACCGGAAAAAGAAGAGGAACCGCCAAGGAAGUUGCGGGGUGGACUAAGGACCAGACAUAAGGUUGUCAAGGAGGUGAUGGAGGAGGACGAGGUGGACGAAGGAGUGAAAGUUGAUGAAUUUGAGAAGAAACCUAGGCUUAAAGAAAAACCACUGAAAGCAAAAGAACCCGCUAUAGUGGUCCCCACAAUUAAAAUUAAGGAACUUCCAAAACCAGAUGUUGUAAAAGAAAUCGAAGCAAUUCCUAAAGUAGAAGAGGAUAAAAAAAGGAUAGAGGAUGAUUGGUGUACAGAUAGCGACUCAAAUAGUACUAACGGUACUGCGCCGGAUUUAGAAGUAAAACAAGUGGAGGCGGAACCAGAAAUCCUGGAUAAUAAUAUCGAAAAGCAUAAGGAGAAGAUUUUGGAUAAAAUUUUGGAGAAACCGCCUGAUCCUCCCCCGGUUAAGUUGGUAAUUUCAAAGAAGAAGGGCAGUAUUUUCAAAAGUCGGGCGGUGGACGAUAGUGCCAAAAAACGUCGAGCACGUUACGUACAUAAAUGGAUAGAUGAUGGAAAAGGCGGAGGUGAAACACCCGCCAGACCGCCAAUAGAAAACGCCGAACUUGACGACGCGUUCGGUUUUAAAGGCGAUACGAUAUCGAGAGUUACAAGCUGCCAGGACGAAGAGGUCACGAGCGUAACAUGCCCCAAGACUGACAAGAGUUUCUACAUGGUAGUGCGAAACGUGAAAAAGGCCCAUCAGAUCCAGGAAAUUGGCGAGUUCCAGGAGUUCAACGAUGACGUUGAGUAUAUUUUGGAUGCUUUACAGGAUAAUAAUCCCGUUAGCACACGAUGUCUCUCGGCGAUUACGUUAGCGUCAAAAUGUAUGGUUCCGGCGUUCAGGAUGCACGUGCGGGCCCACGGUAUAGUCGCCAAGUUUUUUAAAGCCUUACACGAUGCAUGUCGGGAUCAGAGUUUGGGCCUUUGUACUGCGACCGUUAUGUUUGUCCUUAGCCAGGAUCGGCUCAAUAUGGAUCUAGACCGCGACUGUCUGGAGCUUAUGUUGAACCUGUUGGAAUCGGACGUCAGUUAUCAGCAAGCUCUAGACGUCUGCGGUCUAACCUCCGCCCAGCUGGAGAAAAACAAGCAAAAAGUCCGAGAACUGUGCACCGAAAUCCAAAGUCAAGGGCACGCGAUGCACCUAAACGUCGAGAACAUCACGACCGGUCAGUUGGCGAUGGAAACUCUUCUGUCGCUAACCAGUAAGCGGGCGGGCGAAUGGUUUAAGGAAGAACUGAGAGAACUGGGCGGUCUGGAGCAUAUUAUGAAAACCAUUCACGAAUGUUGCCGGCAGGUGUCUGAUUAUGUGGCCAGUUGGACGGACGCGUUAUUGGAUAAACUUAAGAAAGUCGAUAGGUGUCUCAGGGUGUUAGAAAAUGUAACUCAAAAUAACGAAGAAAACCAAACCUAUAUACUGAAAUACAACGAGGGUAUGAUGAUCGACACGUUGGUGAAUUUAUACAAGCUGUGCGAUCGUGAAAUCCCGCUUUACCCGGUAACGGAUAUAGCGGAAAAGUCUUCGACGGGCACGAUAAUCCGGGAGGCGCUUUUGGUUACUUUAAAAGUGCUGAUUAACUUGACGCAUCAUUUUCGGCAACAAUCAAUUGGUAGUCAAUUAGUAGGCUCUAGAACCGGCAUCAUAGAAACCAGCCUGCAUCUACUCCUGCAAGUACCAAAUUACAUUCCCGAACAGAAAAAGUUCGAACUAGGGGUGUUGGUUCUCAUGUUACUCAUAAAUCUAAUACAGGACCAGGAGGGCAACAAGAAACUCCUCAUGGAGGCCAAAGCACCUCCGAAACUAGAGAGCAUUUAUUCCAGAGAAGAAAGUGCAGUAGAAGCUUUAAUAGUGCAAUUUUACGAAUGGGAGGGCUGUGCAAAAAUCGCGGAGAAUAAAACGAACGCGAUUUUGGACGGCGAGAAGGACGAGCAGGAUCAGGCGACUCCCGCCCAGCAACAGGCGAAGACAAAUGAGGAAUUUAUUGAGGAGACUGUCGCAAAAUUGCUACAGAAAGCCGGUACUCACAUGGAAUACACGUUCCUGGCCUCCUACAUUGUGAUGCUUAUAGGAUUCCUUAUUAUGGAUAACCAGGCCUACCAGGAAUGCAUAAGGCAAUUCCUUAGAGGAGGCAACUUUACUGACAUGGUCGAAUUACUUAAGAAGUUUUUCAAUUUCAUGAACCUGACUGCUUCGACCGAGGCGUCCAGCGUAUGUGCGGUAAAAGCGACCCAAAAGGUCAUAAAGUUCCUGGAAUCUUGCGACCAGACGGACGGUUCCGAGUCCUGCGACGAUCGAAAACACGUCGAACCGGUGGACAUGGUUAUACCGUUCUUGUAAUAGACUGAACGCCUUCGAUAUGCCUCUUCUGUACAUUCUAGUGGACUUUUUAAGGUAGCGCACACCCGAAAUGUUGCGGAACAUUUUGGCUUCCGGUUGUACAGGGUGACUCAACGAGUGUAUGGAGUAGUUUAUUACCCUGAAGAUAAUAGUUGCUCUUCCUCUACAUUUAAAUGUUUAUAUUGGUGCUCUAUAGAGGAUCAUAUUUUCUGGAAUACCCUGUAUUCGAAGAUAUUUUUGAAUUUGACUAAAAUGGUAUGUGGAAUUAUAACUGCUGCUGUAUAUUUAGUAUUCAAAAAACUAGUAAUUUCAGAGAAAAAUUGAGUUUCGUCUCUUUAUGAUGUCAAAAUUUAGGCUCUAAAUGUAGGUUCUACGCCAAAUACAAGGUUGUGAUUUUAUAACUGGAUAAAUUUAAUAAAAGGGGAGGUAUUUUUUUAAAUCCUCGGACACGUCGAAUUUCUGGAUCAGACGUAUGUAAAUGUACAGGAUGUCACGAAAAACACAGAAAAAAAAAUGUUUUUCUUAAAUAAAAUUACCUGUAUAUUUUUGGAUUUUCGAAAAACUCUGAACCUGUUUCAUGUACAACAAACCUUUAUCUAUUCACCGAAUCAUUACCUUGGCACAAUAAUUAUAAACCAUUUUAUUGUAACAUAAAAUGAUACAUUACAUUCCACAUUCUUAAAGUUUAUUUUACCGAAUGCUAGUGUAAAUUAUAAGAGUUUUUUCCACUUCUGGUCCAUAAAUUUUAACAAUAAUGUCCUAUCCCUAUCUUUAGUCUGUUUCGAAAUAUUUCUAUCGUUUUUUUGUCAUUAUAUCAACAUCUCUUACAAAACCUUCCUGUAAAAGACCUAAAUAAUAUUAGUCGUUUUAAUAGAAAAUUACUGCAAAAUAUUCGAUCCGUUUUUAUUAUGAAAGUUAUUAUUGCUCACUUUUCUUAUUUUUAAGUAUAUAUUUUCCUAUUUUUAUAAAUGAAUUUAAGGGGAUUGUUAGGAGCCGGGAUAUUUAUUAAAAUAUUUUAAAAUAUCUAUAUUUAUUUGUAGUAAACAAAAAAGGCCGAAUUACAGAAUAAUAAGUAAACCAAAUAUUAAACUAUAGCCAUAUAAGAUUAAAAGAACCCAAGCCAAGAUAAAUUUAAAAAACCCUUAAGAGAUGGGGUAUUAUUAUUAAAAGCUAAAGGUAUUUAGUUUAAAGUUACACAAUUUUGACACUAAAACGACACGUCUCUGAAACCAUUAGUUUUUCGCAUAUUAAUUAUAUAACAAAAAAUACGCGUAAUCAUAGGUAGAAUUUAAAAAUACCAGAAAACAAGGUCCAGGAGCACGAUUUUCACAAAUAUCGUCUUCAAGAUAAUAAAUUACUCAGCGCACACCUUGAGUGACUCUGUACGCUAAAAAAGCUUACUUUGGGGUGAUAUUUUGUGAACAAUAAUUGUGCCUGUCCGAUUCGUGUUGUUGUUCAUUGAAUAUUUUAAAUCCGGGAUCCUGGUAUAUGAUUGAUUCAUUUAUACGGGGAGUAAAAUAAAGUACACUUUAUACCUCAGUGA